CCGUUGCAAAGCAUGUUGUGUUGCAGUUGGCACUUUUUUUGGAUAUUUUAUUCAUUUUUUAUGAUUUGAACUGUAUGGAUCUUUGUGAAGCUUUUUCUCUCUCUACAAACACGGCUACGCAAAGACAAAAUGUGCAUGUACGGAGAAUCCCACUCUCCCUCUCUCUCGGCUGUGGAGGGUUGAGGGUGAAAUGAGUUUCAUGAAUGGACUCUCUCUGGGGUUGUGACGGGUUUAGUGAAUGGGGUUUUCUAUUUUAAUUAUAUAUCAGUACUUUUUUUUUUCUUUUCAAGUUCUUGGACCUAGCACUAAAAGUUACGUGGCUCUGCACAAAUACUUUUAUGUUUCGUGUGAGAGAAAUUGAAGAUUUUAAUCAAAUAAUGAUAUAACGGGUGAUUUUUGUUUAGAUUCUGUAUACAUUUCUCGAUCUUCACGUUGAGAAACGCAAAUGGUAAAAUGGCGUUGCUUGCCAAAAAAUGAUGAAACUUUAGCUGGAUGGAUGUUGCUAUAUAUGUGGUGAUAUUGGCUUUGCUGAGGCAUUAGUUACUUGCUCUCAUUGUAAAGAAAUUAAUGAGCAUUUGUAUUGCAUGCAAAUGUAUUUUGAGAAGUACCCGACAGAAUGGUAUUGCGACGAAUGUGAGCAUAGAGCUGUAUCAGUUUCCACAGCAUCUUGUCCAAGGGGAGACUUACCGAGAGGGUCAAAGUUAAUAAACUUUGGGACAGUGCGCCAUGAUGCUACCCCUUCUUUGACGAGUAGAAAAUUAUCAAAUGAAACAAGACAGGGUUCUGUUAACUUGGAAAAGAAGGUAGCAACUAGGAGUACAAAAUAUAUCCCUGUUACAGAGGCCAUAAAGCUCUCGUCAGGAGCCCCAAAAAGUCUGUCCCCUAAGAAGGUCACUCGUCACACAAUCCCUCCACAACUCAAGACUGAGGUGAAUUUACUUGGGAGAACUUCUAUCAAGCCCCAAACGAUACCCGUGAAGUUCUCUGCGUAUCUGGAUAAAGCAAAGUUUGCUUCAGGUCCUUCACAGAAGUUAAAGCCUCAAAAACAUGGCAAUGUUGAGAUCUCUUGGCGACAGCAGCAGUCUAAAGAACUCAGAGUGCUAAGAUCAGUGAAUGUCAUUCAAGCUGCUCCAACUCCUAUUCAUGAACAUGUUCAGAAGGAACGGACUGCAGAAAUCGUAAAUGCAAUCAAGAAACUCUCACCUACAUCUUUACCAUCAGCGUCUCGCCCAGUAGUUAUCUCAGGAAGUGAUGGUUGUCCUAAUGUGGAGCCAGGGAUUUCUAAUGCUGAGAAUGUGAAUGAUAGUAUUCUGCCAGAUGUAGAACCGAGGACUUCUGAUGAUGAGAAUGCUAACAAUGGUAUUCGGCCUGAUGUGGAGCCAAAAAUUUCUAAUACUUCAAAGGUGUUACCCAAUGUAGAGCCAAGGAUGACGAAUGCUGAGAACGUGAACAGUAGUAUUCUGCACUUUGUGGAGCCAAGGACUUCUAAUGCUGAGAACCUGAAUAGUAGUAUUCUGCCCUAUGCAGAACCAAGGACUUCUAGUGCUGCAAACGUGAACAAUAUUCUUCCCUAUGUAGAGCCAAGGGCUUCUACUGUUGACAACAUGAAUAAUAGUAUUCUGCCUUAUGUGGAGGUAUCUACAAGUAAUCCUGCUAUACGUACCGUGUGGAUGGGAAGCUUCAGUAUUCAUAAUGGUUUUAGACACUGGACACUCAGUGAUCCAAUCCAAGCCCAUCCUCCUGGAAAAGUUCAUAGAAAGGUCUAUGAAUUCUCAAUGCUAUUGCCCGAAGUUCUUCAUUUUGAGUUAUUCCCUUGUAGAGAACUCUGGAUGAACUUAUUUCAGGCAUAUUGUCCGGAUGGGAAAAACAUUGGGCUUUACUUCUUUCCAAGCAACAGUGAAAGAUCUAAGGAUUACUUUUCCUUGCUGGUGUCUAUGAUUGAGAAAGACUUGGCCUUGAGGAAACAGAUUGCUGACGUUGAACUGCUGUUAUUUGCUUCCACUCGCCUGAGCCUGGAUUGUCAACGAUGGAAAGGGAAUUACUUCAUUUGGGGAUUCUUCCGUCGUGAAAAACGAGAUGACACUGCAUGCCAAGAUAGAUCCCUUACUUUGGAUGAAAGACCUUCAGAUGAUGUGUGUGGAAGUUUUGAUGGGGACAAUAAUGAGGUGAUUGACAUGGAAAUAGACAUGAUUGGUGGAAAAGAUGUAGGACAAACAGAUAUUUUUGUUCGUAGAGGGGAACAAGGAGGCUCUAGCAAAGAAUCUACUACUGCCGCCUCACAUGUGGAUUCUAUAAAAGGAGGUCCUGCAUUUGAUGUCAAAAGCGUGAAACUAGAGGACUAUCCCCCGGGAUUUGCACAGGCAUACUUGCAGAGAGUCUGGAGCUCCCGUGCUCAUUGAAGAAUGUCGCUGCCGAUGCAGUAUUAGACUCUGAUAAAUUAGAUUGUAGCUCGUCCAUGGCCUAUUAUGACAAAAGGUGAAGUGAGUUGAUAUGGCCUUGGCUUGUGUUUUGAUGUUAGAUUUAGACAUGGAAAUUAACAGAACCAUUUUCUUAGCCGAUUUACAGGUGGUUUUUAACAUUUAAAAAAUUACUUGGGACAAUGUAUGUUUUGUAUAUAGAACUGAGAAUUCUUAAUAUUGUUAAGUUGGA